AUAAAUGAUAUAUUUCAAUGAAAAUAGAACCUUAUCUGAUGAGUGCGAGUUCGAAUCGAUAGUGUUUUCCGUCUUAUUUUUAGGGUUAUCUCUAUGAACUAUGAAGUAUGUAACAAAGCAUUUAGAGCUAUCCCAACCGUUUCCAGCUCAAGUCAGGAAAAUGAUUCUGCAGAUUGUAUCAAGUCUAUCACUACGGAUGAUUUGGAAGUCACCAGAGGUUGACUGUGGUCUGUGGUCACCGCACUUUUCUCACUGCUCGAAUUUAAUUAGAUGUUCCAAAUUUUUAGCCUAGAUGGAUGAAGUCCAUGUAAUUAUAAAUCUAUGAACAAGCGUCAAUAGUAUAAAAGUUUCCAAAAUACCAGCUUGACCGCUCAUUUUGUCUCUGCGAGUGUGUGUGGUAGCAGGUAGGGUGUCGCAUGACAUCUAAUUUUCGUGUUCGUGUUCUUGUUCUUGUUUCUUGUUUCUUCUCCCUCGGCAGCACAGGCGAGAAAUGUCAAUAGAUAAUGUAACGGUGGUGUGUCAGAAUCCUCACAACACCAUCAACGUCAAGGGUUUUUGGAGCGGCAAAAACCCCCUGGAUUCCUCCACUUCUCUUCUUCUGGUGCAGUUAUCUGUAGUUGCAUUACUCUCUAACUUCGUCAAUCUUUUGCUCCGACAAAUAGGACAAUCCAGCAUCGUUUCUAACAUAUUUAGUGGUAUAGUAUUCGGUCCAUCACUUCUGGGGAAUCUCAAGAAAAUCUCGGACAUCCUUUUCCCUGUAGAAGGCAUCAUAGUGCUCGAAACACUUGCAACAUGGGGCCUCAUAUUCUUCCUAUUUUCGAUGGGAGUGAAGAUGGAUGCUGGAGGAAUUGUGCGUCCCCAACGGAAGUGCUUGGCCAUUGGAACAUCAUUGUUCCUUUGCACAUUGAUACUCCCUGAGGGACUAACCUUCCUCUUGAUACGCUAUGUCCCCAAAUUGGACAGUUCGCUUCGGAACUCACUCCCCUUCUUAUCUGCUACGCAAGCUUUGACAAGCUCCCCUGUUAUUGGUUCUCUACUUACCGAGCUCAAGAUUUUGAACACUGACAUUGGCCGCACGGCGGUCUCAACGGCAAUAUUUUGUGAUGCUGUUGGCAUAACGAUGAGUGCGAUUGCUAUUGCAAUAAGUGAUAGGAGGAACAAAAAUACAAUAAUACCAUGGCUCGCAGUACUACAAGCAGCGGCUCUUUUGUUGGUCAUUCUCCUUGUGGCCAGGCCAAUCAUGAUGUGGAUACGAAACCAGGCACAGGAAAGAAAAUCUGUCAGGGAGUCGCAUAUUUUCAUCAUUUUCGUUUUUGUGCUUGUGUUUGCAUUUCUUAGUGAGAUCUCAAGCCAGCAUUACGUAUUGGGGCCGCUAGCGUUUGGCUUUAUAAUACCUGCCGGACCGCCUUUAGGCUCAGCUGUGGUGGCCAGGGUGGAUACUCUUGCUACAGGACUAUUCUACCCAACAUACCUUGCCGUCACGGGGCUGAAAACAAACAUCUACACGAUUGAUCCUCGGUCUUCGUGGGUUCUCGGGGUUAUUUUUCUCUUCGCUAGCGUGGUCAAGAUUGGAGCAGUAAUGUUGCCAGCCUGCUAUUAUGAACAGACUAUACGUGAAGCUUUUGUGCUCGGGCUUAUUCUCAAUGCAAAAGGCAUCACUGAGCUUAUUAUGUUCAACAUUUGGAAGCAAACCAAGCUGCUGAGCGAUCAAGAAUAUGCCCUGGCUGUGAUCUAUGUAGUAGCGGUAACAGCUGCUGUGACACCCUUGAUAAAACUUCUCUAUGAUCCCUCAAAGCAAUUCUCAGCUACCAAAAGAAGUACAAUCCAGCAUUUGAAGCGUGAGACAGAGCUCCGAAUCAUGGCCUGCAUCCACUCCCAGGAUAACAUUCCCACAAUGGUAAACGUCCUAGAAUUAUCAAAUGCAACAGAAGAGAACCCUGUUGCAGUCAUUGCCCUUAUCCUCGUCGAGCUUGUGGGACGAAUCACCCCUGUUCUCAUAGCACACCACCCCAAUGACAAUCUAAACACCAGCGUUAACAGCAGCACAUCCAACUCCAACAAAAUUAUCAAAGGCUUGAGUCAGUAUGCCGAGUACAAUGAACGGCGCGCCAGCCUCCAACCGUUCACUUCCAUCUCACAUUAUCCAACAAUGCACGAAGACAUUGUAAGGAUAGCAUUUGAGAAGAAGGCACACAUUGUGAUCCUGCCGUUUCACAAGCAUUAUGCAAUAGAUGGCACCAUCGGGUUAGUGAACAGAGCUCACCAGUCCCUGAACAUCAAUUUAAUUGAAAAGGCACCUUGCUCAGUCGGAAUCCUCAUUGAUCGGGGAAUCCUAGGCGGUUCGGUAUCAGUUCUUAACAGCCAGUUUAUAUUCCAUGUUGCUGUGAUCUUCAUAGGUGGUGUAGACGAUGCAGAGGCACUAGCCUAUGGCUCUCGCAUGGCAAGUCAUCCAAAUGUGGACUUAACAGUUGCACGGUUUCUUCUCUUUGGAGAAGAAAAUUGUAAAGAAAGGAAGCAGGACAGUGACUUGCUUGAAGAAUACAGGCGAGCUAAUGCAGGAAAUGAGCGGUUUGUUGUGGUGGAAGAAGUGGUAAAAGAUGGAGCGAAGCUGUCUUCUGUCAUCUGUUCAAUGGUAGAUUGCUUUGAUUUGAUGUUGGUGGGGAUGCAUCAUCAGGACUCCCAGCUUCUUUCGGGGAUUGGUAACUGGAGUGAGUGCCCAGAGCUUGGUAUCAUUGGCGAUAUGCUUUCUUCGGCGGAUUUUCAGUGCUCACUUUCAGUACUAGUCGUGCAACAACAAAGAAUAUCAGGAAAACCAAUAAGUCGGACUGCAAAACCUGUUGAUAAAGAACCGCUAAUUCAUGAUGUCCCAGUAGAACAAAUGAGAGGAUCAUGGACAAUUACAGUGAAUGAAAAUGAUAGGAAAUAGGGUUUAGAAUUUCACUCUUCCUUUUCGUGUUCUCUUUCUUUACCCAUUCAUGCUUCUUUAUAUGACAUGGUUGGGGAUUUUUUCUGUUGUUUCGUUCUUUCGUUGAUUGGUUUCUCUUGUUAUUUAAGAGUGGCCUUUGUUAAUUUCCUGCGAAAAGAAACAGAACAGUUU